GUCAAAUCUGUCAUUUUUUAACAACUUCAUUCUCCCUAAAUAAACAAAUGUAAUGUUUUGUGUAAACACAGAUUUGUUGUGGAUUAUAGUGUAAACAAGUCUGCCGCUCUGACGGUGUAAAAAUAUCCUCCGAACUUUGAUGAUCAACAGCGACUCAAUACAAAAAAUAAACAAUAAAGGUUUCUCAACAGAUCGUGUUUAAAGGAGAAAUUUGAGAUGUCGUCAAAGUAUUUCAAAAACCCAUUCCCAGAUUAUUCAGAAAAUUGUCCAGAUUUUCUGGAAGGAGGCAGAGAGAGACGCUAGUUUUGGUGAAAACAGGGAUAACAGCAGAGGCAGAGAUUUUUUUUAGAUGAAGGGAUGGCCAAAGAUAGCUAAGGAGUGACCACCCAAUAGCACUAGAAUUGGAUAACAAAUGGAAAGAAAUAGAGGUGAAACUGCAAGCUUUAGACUGUAGUGAUUAUUCAGUAUACACGGGCACAUCAGGAAUUGCUUUAUUAAAGAUGAAGAGAGAUCCAACUAAUGCAAAUACACUGAGAGAAGCACUGAUGUUACUCAGCUUAAAUAGACUGAAAGGUAAAAGACAUACAUUUUUAUGUGGAGAUGCAGGACCUCUUGCUAUUGGUAUACAUCUGAAUCAUCUGUUGGGCAAUUCUGAGCAAGUUGACCUGCUUUGUAGCAAGCUGAAAUCUCUGAGCCAAGAUGUGGUCAAUGUACAGUCAGAUUUACCGAAUGAGUAUUUAUAUGGCAGAGCAGGGUAUCUGUAUGCUAUUUUGUAUGUCAACAAAUAUGUCAUGCCACAGAAAUUUGACGAUGAAUUUGUCAGACUUAUAAUAGAGGCAAUUCUGGUGAGUGGUCGCAACUUGUCAAAGGCAUUUAGUUUUAAAUGUCCACUUAUGUAUGAAUGGCAUGAAAGUUACUACCUUGGAGCAGCACAUGGUGUUUCUGGAAUCCUGUACUUACUACUGCAAGUCAAGCAAUACUUGCCAGAUGAUGAUCUACUGAACCUUAUUAAACCUACAAUUGACUACUUGACUACACAAAGGUUUCCAAGUGGCAAUUUUCCUUCUUCUUUGGGCAGAGAUGUUGACAGAUAUGUUCAGUGGUGUCAUGGAGCUCCAGGAUUUGUUUACCUCUUCUGUGAGGCAUACAAGGUAUUCCAUGACCCGAAAUAUUUGCAACUGGCCAGCGAAUGUGGAGACGUAAUUUGGGAAAGAGGCCUUUUGAAAAAAGGCUACAGCAUAUGCCAUGGUGUGGCUGGGAAUGCCUACUGCUUUUUAGAACUGUACCAGAGUACAAAGGAACCCAAGCAUCUGUACAGAGCAAUAAAGUUUGCAGAAUGGUGUUUUGAUUACAAUAAGGAGCAUGAAGAGCUUUCUCCAGAUAGACCUCUAUCUUUAUAUGAGGGCCUCGCAGGCAGAUUGUACCUCUACCUGGAUAUUCAAAAGCCUGCUGAGGCCAAGUUUCCAGGAUUCACUUUGUAAUUAGCGUCCGUACCUUCAAAUAUAAGAAAAAGUAAUACCAUAUAAAGUUAUUACAAUGAUUUUGUCGAGUCAAUUAAAUCACAAUAACAACAAAACAAAACAUUAAAAAUGUUAAUUUUUAUGUUCUUCAGCCAAAAAAGUAUAUUUUUAUAAUAGCCGGUAUGGUUAUUACGUAAAAAAUAAUUUCAAAGAACCGAUAAAAUGUCAACUUGUUACUAAGUAGUGUGCAAAUAGUUCAAUUCGUGCCUGCUACAAGUGAGCAUGAAUGAACGAUAGUUAGUUCCAAGUUGACAUAUUAUAGGAAAACUUAGAUUAUGUCACAAAAAAACCUACAUAAUGUCAAAAAAAACGACUAGUGUCACUUCAUGUUACGUAUUACCCCUGCUGGUUGGGUUGUAUUUCAAGCAACAUUGGUCGAUAAUUUUACCUAAUACUGUAGAUAUUAUUUUCAGAGCUCUUUCGUAGUUUUCGUAGUUUCAUAUAUCCAAAGAUUGGAAGAAGUGCUACUACCACAGAAUGCCUUAUGCAACAUUUAUUAGGAUUUACCUCCAAAAGUUUUCAAAAUAACAGGAAAAUAACACGACUUUAUUUAUUACCAAGGCUGUUUUAAGUCACUGUCAUCAAAAUCAACUCGACUUUAACCAGCAGGGGUAUUACGUAACUUGAAAAGGUAGGUUUUCUACGCAAUAACCCUGCCGGUUUCAACUUGUGGAUGUCAUUGCAAUCCUUCAGUUAACGUUUAUAGAAUCAUUGAUAAUCCGAUAAACGAACUUCUCCACCGCGUUUUUGUGUUCAUGAAGUGAUUCAGUUGAAACAGCAUUGUUGAAAACCUUACAAGAGAGCCACAAUUGGUACAAAAAAUGUGACAAGCAAGCUAAAUAGUGUAUCGGUGAUCAUCUGACCGAAGAAAUAUACUGAGUGACAAAAAAAGGUAAACACUUAUGUUUAUCCGAUUUUAAUAACUUUUGGCAUAUAUGUUCUUAUUAGUAAAAUGAUUAAAUUUUCAGCUUGAUUCGUCAACUGACUGCAGAAGCUGGUUCAAAAAUGUGUUGAUGAUCCACGAUUUCUUAUACACUCAUUGACACGCCUGGGCAUCGUGCUGACGUUAUCCUGUUGGGGUAUCUCAUUCCAACUCGUGAGUAAGAGCUGCUAAAGUCUGUGGAGGGUGUUGCAAAUUCAAGAGCAUGUGACCUAUCAUGUCCCAGACAUGUUCAACUGGAGAUAGGUCAGGCGAUCGUGAUGGCCAAGGUAAACGGUUGAUUCGAUGUUGAUCCAUGAAGGCUAACGAUGUUCUGGCAACAUGCGGUCUGGCUUUGUCUUGCUGAAAAAUCUGGUUUUGGGUGGUGUUUAGAUAUGGAAUAAGAUAAGGCUUCCUGAAUAUAGCGUCGGGCAGUCAUAUUGCCUCUGAUGAAAGCAAUAGCACCCCAUACCAUAACUCCCACGGUGUGGAGAAAGUAACGCUCUCUGUCAAAUAGUGGGUCACGUCUUUCACCACGUCGCCUUCUCACUCUUGCCCGACCAUCGUGCAUCCCCAGAUAGAACCGGGAUUCGUCAGUAAAGACCAUUCCCGGUCCCAGAAUUCUUUCUCUACACCAACGGUGCAAACGGUUAACGCCGAUGUUCAGCUGUGAGAGGUAGCACCCAAUGUGGGCGAUAAGAAAAAAGGCCAAACUGUCGUAUUCGGCGAUAUACCGUAUGCAUACCAACCAUCCUUCCAUGCUCUUCAAACCACUGAUAUAGCGAUGGCUCGAGUACUACUGAAUCUGUCUCUCAGAGCCAGAAGUCUUAACCGGCGGUCUUGCCGCUCUGUGGUCCCUCUGGGUCGUCCAGAACCCCUCGCUCGCUGUCCUCGGCCUGAGUACACGCUGGAUCACACUGCAGAAUACUGCGUAAGGAUCUGUUGGUCCUCCUAGAAACUUCUCUUAUCGAUAGACCGGCGACCCGACAAUUUGAACCCUCUUAAAGUCACUUAGCUGGGACACCAUCAAAUCUAAUGUUUCCUCGGCUUUUUGACUUCCCAGAUCCUGCUGUCUUGAAAUUGAGGCUUCUUGGCUUAGAGUUUCCAAUGUUUUACUUUUGGGUAUCGUGUUGUCUUGUUUUGAUAUUUUCUUCUCUUCCUUUUUAACUUUUAUCUUUUCUUGUAGUUGUUGAAUCUUUUUCUUUAAUGCUUUCACUGUAGCUGACUCUUCCAGUUGUGUUUUAUUUGGGGACUUCGUAAAAAUAACUGAAUGUUGUUAUCUUGAAGUUAUCUGCGCUAUUUUAGACUGAGGCGUGGGACAAAGAGAUUUAAAAGAUACUACUUUUGAUUGAGGUUGAGCACCAGCAUCCGAACAAGGCAUGGUAGGUGAAUUCUGCAGAGAUCCGACAUCUAUGUGAUCUGGAGUUAGGUCUUUGUUUAUAUCCGUAUCCAUUCGGGCUGUAGUUGGGCUAUCCUCGACUCCGGAGAUUGAAGUAUCCCUCAAGGCUACACCAACAGCAACAUCUUUGUCUUCUAUAACAUUUAAUCUCUGUUCAACCUCUAAUCGCACUGCAAAAUCUUCUUCUGUGAAUUUUUCCGGAUCAAGAGGGAAUAUCCCAGCCGAUGCGAAACCAGUUACACCUUUUGCUAUAUUAGCAACCUUAACAUAAGCAUUGUUAAAAAUAGCAGCGAUAUCGUAAGGUGUUAUCUUCUCAUGACGGUGUGACCUAAGAAAAUUGUCACAUUCCUGGUUAAAUGCUGCUUUCAGGCUGCUAAAUAAAGUGAGAUCUAAUGGCUGAAGGUGAUGUGACGUGUGUGGCGGUAGUGUCACCACAAUUAUUCCGUUCUCCUUGCAAACAUUGUACGCUGUUAAGGAAGUGUGUGUUUUGUGGUUGUCCGUUACGGGAAGCACAGGCUGCUCUUUAGUUGGCUUAGCAUGGAAAAUAAAAUGGUGUAACAAGAUGACAAAUAACUCUUCAGUUAUCCACCCGUUAUGACAGCAAUGGUAAAUUACAUUUGGUGGUCCACGUUUUGCCAAAUUAGGGCUCAUUCUUUGGCGAAGGAAGAUAAACAUUGGUGGAACAUAUUCACCAGCAGGACUCAUUGCACAGCCCACAGUGAUAUUUUUCCCCCCUUCCCAGCUUAUAGCGGCACCGCACAGACUUGCUUAAUUCCUUUCGGGCCUAAAAUCUUUCCUGGUUUUUGGACCGUGGAGAUCCCCGUCUCAUCAAAAUUAUAUAUCCUUGAGGCCGUAAACUCGUGUUUGUCCAUUUCACAGUUGAGGUUGGAGAAAAAAAGAUCCACUUCUUCUUUAUUGAACUCAGUUAUUCGACUUAUGCUUGUUGCUUCUGGUUUGCGAAUGCUGAUUCUUAGGUUCCGCUUCAAAAAUCCAUUAAAAAAAAUUUUGCUCUGCUAAUUUAGCUGAUUUGUUAAAUUGUUGUGGAAUGCCAUUUUUCUCAGCGUACUCAAACACUAAGCGGCGAAGCUCAACCGAAAUGCCGUAAAACACUUUAGCUAGAAGUAAAAAUUGUUCUGCAAUUUCAUUUUCUUGCUCUUGUGUGAAUACAGGUUUAUGCCCUAAAGAUAACUUUUUAGAGUCACGAGUCUUUAAGUCUAUCACUCAAGGUCAUAACUGGAAUGUCCUGGCUGCUUCUCUUAGUUUUUUCACGUUAUUUAUGACGUCAUAGCUGCCUUCAUUGCUUCUUCCGUCGAUUUGGCUCUUGGGUUGUCCUUUCAUAUUUUCGGACCAUCUGUAAAAAAAAACCUUAAUGUUAUGGCUGGCAUGUUUUUUAAUAGUCUACAAAUAAUAAUGGGGGGGGGGGGGAGGGAUGGAGUAUAAAACUAUAAUGUGCAUGAUAUUUUUUUCAUAAAUUUCAAUCUAUUAAUCUUGACAUAUUAAACCAUUUGGGGUUAAGUCGUACAGAAACGGGGCUAUACCGUACACUUCUGUAUGGUUUCUCCACUCACCUCUUAUUUGGCACUGCCCCAAAAUUAUAAGAGAACAUAAAAAACAAGUUUUUUCACCGUCACACUGGUACUUUUACCCACACCCGAACAAUCGCAAUCCUGCAAAAUUGCGCGUUCUGCCGCUAGGUUGCGAUACCGAUCGGACUCGUCUAGCUAAAAAUCUAGAGACGAAAAACGGGUGUACGGUUUAGCCUCGUUGUACGGUAUAGCCCCGCGCUCCCCUAUGUGUUUACCUGUUUUUGUCACUCAAUAUGUUUAUUUUUGUUUAUAGCAGUUUGCAACACACAUUGUAGAUUUAAUUAUUUCAUGAUGGCAGUGUGUAUUUAGUUAAAUGUCGGAGAGUGGAUUAAUUUAUAUAUUUAUUAUAUGUAUAUUUCUUUAAUAAAUGAUGUUCAUAGUCGAC